UAUCAGAUCGUAGUUUUGCGUGAAACUGAAACUCCAAAAAGACCAGAUCGAGUGUGAUUAUCCGUAGGCAGACUUGAUAAGCUCCACUUCUUUCGAAGGAUAACAUCUUGGCGUGAUCAGAUUGUGAUAGAGAUGACAUUCAAGAUGAAGCUUCGUUUUUAUAGUUCAAUUUGGAGAAGGAGUCUGGGUCUCCCGUUCUGUAUAAAUAAGAGCACCCUUCACUUUGAUUCUGCAUUCUCCAUCAAGAACGUGCAUUGGGCAUACCAAGCUGAACUGGACGUGGCUUCUCCUCAAGGUUCUAGACAUUCCUCCACCGCCAAGUUUGUGGCUACUUUUGAAGUGAUUUCUGCUUCUUUAAUUAAAUGUGGAACUAAGCUUCCAUUCUUUUGGUGUAGCCGAACCGAGAGCUUUGCAGACUUGUGGCUGGAGGCAGGCACCCUUUUAUAGGGAGAUCGCCACUUUACUUUCAAGGCCGCAUUUUGAUGACGACUUUGAUGCAGGUGGAUAACUUGGGGCUGAAACUCUGCACGGGGAUCAUCUUGGAGCAGCUUCCCCACUAUUGUGAACAGAACUUCGCAGAUUUGUCCUUGGCGUGAACCAACAGCCCGAGGCUUUCACUUGACACUCAUCUUUGCCACCCAUAUGCAGGACGCACCGC